AUGUCAAAAAACCCAACCACAACUAGAAGAACGAGAAGUGCUACUAGGGGUGCUACUAGUGAUGCUACUAGGGGUGCUACUACACCUGUUUUGAGGACAGGAAUAACUGGCGAUCUCAAUGAGCUUGUUGUAAGCACCUCGUCACUCCCUUUCAAAAUCUGGGUGAAAUAUGGCAAUAUGCAACCAUCCGGGGUUGUAUUUGACAGAGGAGUUGUGGAUGAUUUGAAGGAGGCAGUCAGGAAGAAACUAUCACCUGAGUUAAAUGAAACUGCCCUCCACCGAAUUAUCCUCCGCAAACACAGUGAUGAGGCUGACCUAGAACCAGAUGCUACAGUAGAUUCGAGUUUCCAAAAUACUGCCAAAACCCCACUUCAAGUUAAAGUUAUAGUGCCAGGAGAGGAACACAAAGAGCAAGGCAAAAGGAAGGCAUCAGUAUCAGAAGAGGAACCCAUCCCCUCCAAACGUAUACACACAGAAAUAGCUGAUGUAACUAAUACGAGUGUGGGAAGUUUUUGGGAGGCACUGCAGUCAAUGGAGAUUGAUGAUGAGGAUAUGUUCCUUUCUCUACCCACAGACAUCUUUUUUUGUGGUGAUAUUGAUCAAGGAUCCUCUCUACUUAUUCGCAGAUGCUACCGCCAUCUUGCACGUAUCAUAUUUACUGACAAUGUGAAUCGCAAAUGGCGCAUCACAGGCAACCCUGGAAUUGGCAAAACAUUCUUUGGAUAUUACCUGAUGUUCCUGCUUGCACAUAGAAAGAAAACAGUCAUAUAUCAUCAUUCUCGCAAACUUCCUCUGUGCUUCAGUAACAAUGGUGUAUUUGAAGCUGAUAGUGGAAACAUCCACCAGUUCAAAAAGGAACUAAAAAAUUCUGAUACUUGGUACAUUGUGAAUGGUAUCUCUCCAUUCAAAUAUCUUGCAAAGACAGUUCUUGUAUGCUCACCCAAGAAGUCAAUUCAUCAUGAGUUUGACAAGUUUCCUGCAACAACAAUCUGUUACAUGCCAGUGUGGAAUGAUGACGAGGUCAGUUUAUGUAGGGCAAAGAAUUUUCCUCAUUAUGACCCAACACUGGUUGAGGAAUUGUUCAGAAAGUGGGGUGGAAUCCCUCGAUUUGUUCUUGAAAAAGCUGAUAACAAGACUCAGCAAGAAAGCCUUGAUAAUGAAAUUAGUAAAUGUGAUGCAAGUUUAUUUAACUAUGUUGGUGACACCAAUGAUGGGGAUAAAGCAAGUCACAAGUUAGUCCACAUCUACACAAAUCAUCCAGAUGAGGAAAACCUUGAUGUUUCAAAACACUACCAGACAAAAGUCCUACGGUUUGCAUCUCAAUAUGUGGUUGAAAAUGUUAUGGCCAAAAUUGAAAGCCAAUUCAAGGAAGAUUUACGCAGAUUUCUGAUGACUGACAUGCCACAACUUGGUACACUUCGUGGUGCCCUAUUUGAGGAAGUUGCACAUCGGAUUCUGAUUCAUGGAGGAAGGUUUGAGUAUCGCCAUUUAGAUUCUACAACUACUUCUGACAUUAAGCACAUUCUACUGGAUAAGCAGAAUUGCAUUGCAUUUCGAGAAAUUAGUCAGAUUGAGAAUAACAAAUACUGCCAGCCAGUACAAAAGAAUUUCACAUCUGUUGAUGCAAUCAUUGCUCUUCCAGAUGACCUAUUGCCCAAAUCAUCCAAUUAA